AUGCUGUCGAUCACCCCCACAAUCGCCGCCGUAACCCUCGGCUUCGUGCAGUUAGCGCACGCGCAGACCAAUAUCACAGCUAGUGCCUGUGCCGCCUCAUCCGUCUACUCAUCCUGCAACCUCGACGUCGCAAAUAAGUGGAACUCCUGUAUAAACGGAUGCAAUGGCGAUGGCGAUUGCACCGUGGACUGUGGCUGUACCGCCCACCAAGAGUAUAUCAACUGCAUGGCACACUCGUGCUGGAACCAGGUCUACUCGUGCGAAUAUCAGCUAUUCGUCCAGCAAUACUUCGCCAUAUGCCCCAGCGCCAUCGAGCCGAUCCCCUUCUGGCCCGCCCCAACCGACGCCCCAAACCGCUGCUCCUGCGAUCUAGGCAAGGUCCUCCAAAGCACACUAUCUGCACGCAACGACCAAGUCUCCUGCAUCCUGAACAUCACCGACCAAACCGUCAACGACGUCACGAACGCCGUAACAAACCCAGGCGAUCUAUCCAGUGUCGGGAACAUCGCCAAAACAGCCACAGAAUGUGCAUGCUGCGGCAGUAGCGCCAGUCUCUCAGCCGCCUGGCAAGUCUGCCCCGACACAGUCCCCCGCCUCGCAGGCGCAGACCUCUGGGACAUAUUCUUCCCAUCCGACUACCCAAACCUGUACACGUCGAUCCCGGAUUUCGUCUGGGCUUCCUGCGACAGCACGCUCAGCUCAGCCAACUGCCAGGAUAUCGGGUUCACGGAUCCCUCGGACAAGUUCUAUCAGCCCGCCAACUUCCCGUCGAAUGGAAGCUCGACGUUGAGUAAUGUUGGGGGCACGGUGUCGGCGCCGCCAAGUGGGACGGUGAUUACCUGGUCGCAGUCGAAGACUACGUGGACGGUUACUGCGACUGGGUAUGAGGAGAAGGAUGUUGCGACUACAACUACGACUGGUAGUAGUCAGAGUGAGAAUGGGGGUACGGCUGGAACCACGGCUACGGCUACGGCUACGGCUACGGGAACGGGGACGGGGGCGUCUGCGACGCAGACUUCGAGUUCGAGUGGUGCGGGUGUGGUGGUGAGGCCUGGAGUUCUUUUGGUGGUUGGGGUGUUGGGGGCUUUGGUGCUGUGA